UAAAUCCAAGGCAGGCGUUUAUAACAAAGAUGCUAUUGGGCCGGCUCUCCUCUGGAUAUAAUGAACAAUCCUAUACCCAGAAGCCUUCCCAUGAAUAGAUAACACUCAAUUUUGUGUGCAAAAGAGAAGAAGAAGAAGGAGGACGAGGAGGAGGGAGGAGAAGAAAUGGGGCGUGACUGGGCACCAGAGAUAGUUGGAACAAUUCUAUUUGUAGUGCUAUCGCCUGGGCUACUGUUUCAACUUGCUGCAAAGGGCCGAUUUAUAGAGUUUGGGAACUUUCAGACCAGUGGCCUAUCUAUUUUCAUACAUACCAUUAUAUUUUUUGCUCUCAUUACUAUUAUUCUUAUUGCAAUUGGACUUUAUAUAGUCAUUGGCAGUGCCUGAACCAUCAUUUCAACCCCUCAAUGUUUAUGGAGGUUUUCAGAUUUUUAUCUAUUUGUAAUAGUUUAGUCAAUAGAUGAUUUCUGAGAUAUAUGUUCUCUUAUCUUAUUGUAAUUAAUUAUUAAAAUCAGAGAUACCCAGAGAUACUACCCAUAUCUGUGUAAUUGAAAUAUUAAUUUCAAUCAAUAUAUAAAAGUAUAUUUCUAUUUC